AUGUCAAGAGGUCUCGACGAAGGCCUCAUUGCCACGACGGUCGCGCAAAAAUCGUUUGUCAAUGAAUUCAGUCUUCAAGACAAAUCCCUCGAUGCAUCUCAACGAGCGAACCGCCUCUCGAAUAUCACCUCAAUGGUUCACAUUGGCAGCAUUCCGGGCGCGCUGAUCGCUUUCCUUCUUUGCGAGCGUAUGGGAAUGCUUUGGUCGAUGCGUCAGCUCUGUACGCUGUGGCUCACGGGUGUUAUCAUCGUCAUCACUGCUAGUGGGAGACUGGGUCAAAUAUACGCUGGUCGUUUUAUAAUGGGGCUUGGAAUUGGACAAGCUGGGGUUGUGGCACCGACGUAUCUUGCAGAGAUUGCGCCGCGUAGCGCACGGGGUAUGCUGGUGUCUGUAUUUGGCAUGUCGGAAUAUAUUGGAAUCAUGGUUGGAUAUUUUGCCGCAUGGGGAGCAGCGGUGCAUAUGCCGAGCACUUCUUCUCGGCAGUGGAUUAUCCCGCAGUCGAUACAAAUAAUCGUGGCGGGCCUUCUGAUUAUGGGCUCCUUUCUUUGCGAAGAGAGUCCUCGACAUCUCUGUCGAGUUGGUAAAUGGGAUGAAGCACGCAGGGCUUUGGGGAAGAUCUGGGGCCUGCCGGAUGAUCACCAUGAGAUUUCGACGGGACUGGAAGGGAUCAAGGGACAACUGGAAUAUGAACAAGAGUGCUCCUUAUACAGAUCAUGCAUUGGAUCACUGAAGGAGCUGUUUCUCUCUCGCUCCAAUAUUAGGAGACUACUGUUCGUGGUUUCUUCCCAGAUUCUCAGUCAAUGGUCCGGGGCCAAUUCUCUCACAACAUAUGCGCCCGAGCUAUUCUCCUUGUUCGGAAUCAAAGGCCAAUCCGAAAAGCUAUUCACAACAGCGAUCUUCGGUGCCGUCAAAUUUGUUGCAUCUCUUCUUUGUGCUAUUUUACUCAUCGACCACGUCGGUCGGAAGCGGUCUCUGAUCUCGGGAAUCUUGGUACAACAAGUGGCAAUGUGGUAUAUCGCUAUCUAUCUUACUGUCAACGCAUCACUAGCUGGCGCUGAAUCGCCUUCGACCAAACGAGCGGCCCUCGGUUCCAUCAUCUUCAUCUACUUUGUAGGUAUCGGGUGGGCAAUGGGUUGGAAUUCGAUUCAGUAUUUGCUUAACGCCGAGAUAUUCCCCUUACGAGUCCGCGCGACUGGAUCGAGUCUUUUAAUGUGUUUCCACUAUGUUAACCGCUACGGACUCUCGAAGGCUGUUCCAUCCAUGCUAUUGCAGAACUCCCUCCGUCCCGAAGGGACAUUUUGGUUUUUUGCUAUAAUGACAUUUUUUGGUCUAUUAUGGGCGUGGUUUCUGCUACCGGAGACCGCUGGUCGGACUUUGGAGGAUACAAAUGGUCUCUUUUGA